CCGCACAACUGACUUUCAGUUUGUUAUGUGUUUUCACAAGUGUCGCAUCAUAAAUUAAAAUUGAAAACGUUUCGAUUGUGUGUUAAAAUCUACUAUACAAAAUUAUUUAUUGAAAACAUGAAUUUUCAAAGUGAAUCGUUGAAAAUAAUUGUCGCGUUUAUAUUUAUAACUACAACAACUGAUGCAACACGGCUAGUAAAUGUAAGAAAAACACAUAAGUUGCAGUCCCGAUCCCUAUUAUUUCCACCAACAGCACCAACUCGAGUGCAAUUCAUUGGUGGUAUUGGUAUACCGGUUGAAGAUUUAAAUUUCGAAUCUGUAACAUCGGGCUAUGUAUUGAAAGCAGAAUAUUUUCUUCCUGAAACAGCUGAUGAAUUUCGACAAAAACUAAAACCUCAAACGAUCCAUCGCCGCCGUAAGAGUAUCAACGAAACGUACAUGUACGAUGAAAAUUUCGAAAAUGAUUCAUUAGUAAAUGAAGUGAACAGUAUUUACAACAAUGAAAUUUGGAAUGUAUCCCACAGUAUUAAACAUGACGGUCUUAAAAACCAUUUACACCAACCGAAAGACGAUAAUAUUAAAAGUCAACAAAAACAUGGAGCACUUUAUCGUUGGAUUGUGUAUAAAGCUAUGGAGACGAUAUUAAAUAAAUCCGCAUUAAAUGGCCACGCCUGUAUGUUGCGCAGCAUUUGUGAACAUGCUGCCAUACCAUUGAAUUACGAGGGAGGCUUAUUAGCAGAGAUAUUACAUAUAAUAUUAACGCCUUCAACAUCACGAGAUGAUCCAUCGAAGCCAAAUCAUAAAGACUAUCUAAGAGCAGAAGUAUUAGGACGAUCUGGUGAAGAUUGCGAAAGAGUUUAUAACCAAUGUACUAAGUCUCCAAUGGAAAUAAUAUCAGCUGUAUUUGAAACUUGAUAUAAAUAUAACGUAUUUAGUUUUACGUAAUUACAUGUAUUAAAUAUCAAUAAAUCAUUGUUUGGAAUGGAAUAAAAAAAUGUAUUAAAUAAAUACGAAAAA